CAAAUUUGUCUUUUGCUGCAAAAUCCUCUAGGUACAGGCAAAAAUCUCUAGUCACUCUUCUCUGUCCUUUCCGAAUGAUGUAAAAGGCUCAAAAAUACGAUCAAUAUCCUAAUAUAUUCAGUAAACAUCCUUUAACCAAAAUCAUUAUGGUGUUAUUCUGCCAACAACUGGUAUUUCUGAAUGGACUGAGGUCGGGAUUAAGUGGAUUUGAAGCGAAAUUAUAUGAUGAAUAUAUAAUACGUGCUGAGAGCAUUCGGUUAAUAUCAUUAUAUAAUUUUUUGUUGGAGGUGACGCUUAGCGGCUUUUGCACCUGAGCUCAUUUGUGUUCCACAGAGGAUGUGACCCACACCACCAAGCAACCCAAAACCUAAAUUUUGUAAUACCGCUGUUUUCAGGAAAACCGACUCAUUGCUCUGAUCGUCAUUGUAUCAUUGAUGGUUCACACCUACUGACUAUUAUAAAUAACAGCCCAAUAACAGCAAGACAACUCAGUGUGCAUUGAUAUACUUUAGUAGUGGACACAUGAUCCUGACCGCUAGUAUUUCUUGUAUGUUUGAAGAGCUGAAAUAAUACAACUGUCUAAAGAACUCUAGCUGUGGAAACAAGAAGGAACAAAUCGUCAGAAUUGUUUAUUUUUAUGACAAUGGCGGUUCAACUUAUCGGUUACAUUCUGUCCAUCUGUGGAUUAUUUGUGUUAAUUGUAGCUACGUUUACAAAUGAAUGGAAAGUUAUUGAGCAAGACAAUGAAGAUGUCACGUUUAUGGACAUCAUUGAAGGCCUGUGGAUGAAGUGCAGUAUUGACAGCUCGUCUCAGGUCAAGUGCAUAAGUUACAAUUCGUUCCUACAUCCGUCAGUUGAAAUCCGGGUGGGAAGAGCAAUGAUGAUCCUCAGCAUUGCACUUUCCGGCAUUGGUGUGUUUCUUGGUCUCGCUGGACUCAGUUGCACAAAAUGUCUGGAUGGAGAGGAUCGGUUGAAGGACAAAGUUUCUUUCACGGGGGGAUGUCUUUUCAUCCUUAGUGGUUUCUGUGCUUUGGCAACAACCAGCUGGUUUAUAUAUGAAAUUGUUGCUGAUUUUCAGGAGGAAACACAGGGGAACAGGAAAGAUAUCGGCAGAUCUCUGUUCGCUGGAUUCAUUGCAGCUUUCCUUUGUGUAUUCGGAGGCGUGCUGUUGUGCAUCUGCAGCGCAACACACCUGCGAUCCAGUGCUAAUGUUAGUAAGCCGCCAAAAUUCAAGAAUCCUGAUAAAGACUAUGUUUAAGUACCUAAGAUCAACAACAAAAAACAGAAUAUUGUAAAAAAAAAAAUUGCACAUGUCCCUUAUAUUGAAUUAAAAUAUAUUUAAGUAUUAUUAUUCUAUAGAACCUUUGAAAUCCACAGAACCUGCUGCACAGAAUCAUUGAAAGUGAAAAACAUUUUAGGGAAGCAAAAUGGUUCUUUAUAUGGCAUGGCUCCAAAGAACCCUUUUUAGCACCUUUACUUAAGCUUUGAUGUAUAUUCUGUGUCAUUGAGAAAUGAAGGCAGCUGUUCUAUAUAUAGCUCUUUAAAUGAACAAAUAAUAAUUUCAAUAUCUUAAAUAUUUGAAAGUGAAAAUAAAAACAAAUCCUUUGUUGGAAAUAUGAAGGUUUGCUAUUAUGUGAGGUAAUUAUUAUGGUCCAAUUACAUUCUUAAAGAUUUCACUUCACAUUAGCCUACUUAUUGGGCUACUUUUUUUAUUAGGAAAUACAUUUGAUUUCCUCCCCACUGUGAGUAUGAAAGUAUUUGUUGGUUCAGCAUGGGGCGGUGGGUUGCCUUGAGAUUUUUGGGUCUGGCUUACAGUAGAUUGAAAUUUUCUGUACUUUUCUUUGUUUCUAUUCAA